CACGGUGCGUUGCGCGCUGACGUCAUCGACAGCGGCAGCCAUCUCGGCGGUCGGUGGGUCGGGAGUGCAGGCAGGCAGUCGCAUUUUAUUUUCUUUUUUACAUAUAAAAUAGAUUAUUCUUUCUUUCUCUUCUCUGUGUUGUCUUAAACGUUUGAUUCACACUGAAAGACGCCUGACGGUUGCGUUGAAAGGGAGCGGGUGGAUCCGAGCGCCAUGUCGGAGAACCGCGAGCUGGAGGCGCAGGCUGAGGAGACCGGCGAGGAGAAGCAGGACACUCAGGAGAAAGGAGCAAUGAGCCCAGAAAAGGCCGAGGAAAUGAAGCUAAAAGCCAAGUACCCGGUUUUGGGAUUAAGACCCGGAGGCUCUGAGUUCCUGAUGAAGCGACUGCAGAAAGGGAAAUACUUCGACUCUGGGGACUACAACAUGGCCAAAGCAAAGAUGAAGAACAAACAGCCUCCGAGCAGCGGGGCAGACAAGAACCUGGUGACGGGAGACCACAUCCCAACUCCAGAGGACCUGCCACAGAGGAAAUCCUCACUGGUGACCAGCAAACUGGCGGGCUGACUGUUGCCGAGACACCAUGUGGGUUCUGACUGAGGCGCAAACUUACCCAACUCGUGUGUGACGGAGGGAGGGGUGGGUAGACUGGAGAGUGCGGUGGAGAAAUUCUGUUCUGUCUAAGCAUCGUGGCUGUUUGUUUUUUUUUCUCUGAAAACAGUGCCCCUCCCCCUGCUCGUGAACCAGCAGAAUCAACCCAGCUUCACUCCACCCCUCUUUCCCCAUUCUCCCACCCCCCUCCCCACACUUCCGACGGCAACCUCGCCUUCUCUUUCCAACCAUCCAAGGGUACUACCUUCUCCCGAGUGUUUUGUCAGGGACGGUGCAGGGAGCUACUGAAAUGUGCACCUCACACCCUCCUCCCUUCAAGAUUACUGCCCCUGUUUAUAAAACAUACCUUCAAAUGGAUUGAGAACUCAGCUGAAACAUCCACUAGAGGCAUUACUGAAAGCGGUAAGGACAUUUCUUAGCAGCACGCAGUCCUGACGUGUGCUUCACUUUGUAAUUAAAGUUUCCGUUACUUCCGAACCCCAUCCUGCUGACAGUGGCUGUCUUGUGAACUGCUUUAAGUUUAUUUUAUUGUUUCAAUCGGGGUUAACUCGCCACUCUCACCUCGCAGAGGCUGUGCUCCCGCUCCACCGCCGCUCGGUUUGCGGGCAGUAAGGCUGCUCGUUGUGGAUGGUAAUCCCCCUCCACCCACCCACCCACCCACCCACGUGUACCAGGGCACCCUACCGUUUACCUGGUUCUGGUGCUCUGGAGUCAUUGUCUGCAUUAGAGAUCCCUGGAACAAUCAGCGCAGACUUCCCUCCCCUAAAAUAACCUUGGCUUGUAAACUUGCUUUGACUGGAGACCCCCAUGACGUUAAAAUUCAGCGGAUUCACUUCUACCAUCAGAGCCUGUGACCACAGCAUUUUAAUCUGAAAUUGAUCGCAGUAAAUUUUGUGCCAAGCUGUAUGGGUACUAAUGCCCUUCCCUUGGACAACAUCGGUGGUGUGGAGAGGGGAGACUUGCAGCAUGGAUAACUGCCGGUCUUCCAUACAACCUUGCCCAGCCUGCGCCCUGGAAACCUUCCAAGGCGCAAAUCCAUGGUCUCACGAGACUGACGGAUGCCUAUAUAUUAAAAAAUUUUAAUGCCAGUGCUAGUAAAUUUGGCAAGGCAUGACAGGGUUAAGCAAAUGGCAGGAAGCUUUGAUGGGGCUUGAUUGGAUGGGUGGGGAGGAGGAUUGUGGGGGGGAGGUAGUUGAAGAAUCAGCCUCCACUUCCCGUUUAGCAGUCACUUAAUAUGCCAAGGCUGUUGGAAAUGGGCAAGAUAGUGAGGGAACAGAGAAAAGACAACCGUUUGUAUCAGCUAGUGUCGGAGGUCUACAAUGGCAGCGUGACUGUUGACAUGGUAAAAUCAAAUGGGAGGGUUAUAGUUGCCACAGACUUGAUGGGCAGAAUGUGACAGGGAGGGGGGGGUGCUGUUUUAACAAAACAAGAAAGGUCAUUAACCCUGUGUGGCUAUGGAUGGGCAUCAAAUCAUCAGCCUCUCCCCUUUCAUUGGUGCAAAUGCUUCUAGAGUUUUUAUUCUGCCAGAAGAUGGGCAGAAAAUCUCCACUCCUUGUCCAAGUUGGGUAACCCCUAUGGGAGUGAGUUCUGGGAUUUUGUUGCCCAUUUUCCACCCUCCUUUCCCCUUAUGCCAGAAGGGUGAGGUCAGACGCAAACAGCCUCCCAACUUUCAAGCCCUCUAUAGGUGUUCAGGUGGGGUGGGAGGUGACGAGUGGUGGGUCUUUACGCGGGGUCGGUGCCCUGAAUGAAGCUUUGCAGGAAGCAGAAAAAAAAUAUUAUAAACACAAAGCUUCUGCAUCUCCUGUUUUAACCCUGGAACUUUGAUAUUUCAUCCCGUCUGUCCCAAAAAUUUCUCUUGGAUGGUUUUAUUUCCCCCUUGGGAGUGGGUGAGGGGGCAAAACUUGCGAACAAGACUAUGGCUUUGGGGCACCCUCUCCCCCCUACCCCCACACCCACUCCCCAUCCCCCCCAAUAUCUUCCCCUUUGAAGCUGCAUAUAUUUAUAUUAAAAAGAUAACGCACA